CGUCCCGCCCCGUGCUCUGCCUGCCGGGGCCGUCCGGCCCCGCCGCACUGGCCGUGGAGAGCGAGGGGAGCGGAGCCGCAGCCCCCAGCGCCAUUGCCGCCUUCGGCCCGCCAUGGCAGGAGCCAUUGAUUCAAACAACACCGUGAUGUCCCAGCUGGAUUACUGAGCACUUGUGUGAUUCCUGGAGGUGCUGCAGUUUUAAUAAGGAGCUGUCCUUAGUUCUUGGCCUGUCGUCCCAGAAGCACCUUCUGGGUGCUGCCUGCAAGUCCUGGACAUUCUGGAAACGAUGGGGAUCGGCAAGAACACCACUUCCAAAUCGGUGGAGGCAGGAGGCUCAACAGAGGGCAAAUAUGAGGAUGAAUCCAAACAUCCCACCUUCUUCACCUUGCCUGUGGUGAUAAAUGGUGGAGCAACAUCCAGUGGUGAUCAGGACACAGAGGACACAGAGCUGAUGGCCAUCUAUACUACAGAAAAUGGCAUAGCAGAAAAGAGCUCCCUGGCAGAGACCCUGGACAGCAGUGGCAGUUUGGAUGCCCAGAGGACUGACAUGAUUUACACCAUUGAAGAUGUCCCUCCCUGGUACCUCUGCAUAUUUCUGGGUUUACAGCACUACCUGACGUGUUUCAGCGGGACAAUCGCUGUGCCCUUCCUGCUGGCUGAUGCCAUGUGCGUGGGCUUUGACCAGUGGGCCACCAGCCAGCUCAUUGGGACCAUCUUCUUCUGUGUGGGCAUCACCACCUUGUUACAGACCACCUUCGGCUGCAGGUUACCCCUGUUCCAAGCCAGUGCUUUUGCAUUCUUAGCACCUGCCAGAGCAAUUCUCUCUCUGGAGAAGUGGAAGUGCAAUAACACAGAUAUAACAGUUACAAAUGGAACAGCAGAGCUGCUUCACACCGAGCACAUCUGGUUCCCCAGGAUACGAGAGAUCCAAGGUGCCAUUAUCAUGUCCUCGCUGAUUGAGGUGGUGAUCGGCCUGCUCGGGCUGCCCGGAGCUCUGCUGCGCUACAUUGGCCCCCUGACCAUCACCCCCACCGUGGCCCUCAUCGGCCUCUCUGGCUUCCAGGCUGCUGGGGAACGAGCUGGGAAACACUGGGGCAUCGCCAUGCUGACUAUUUUCCUAGUAUUGUUGUUUUCUCAGUAUGCCAGAAAUGUCAAAUUUCCCUUGCCCAUUUACAAAUCCAAGAAAGGAUGGACAGCAUACAGGUUGCAGCUUUUCAAGAUGUUCCCUAUAAUUUUGGCUAUUCUGGUGUCGUGGCUGCUGUGCUUCAUCUUCACRGUGACGGAUGUGUUUCCCCCGGACAGCUCCAAGUACGGUUUCUACGCGCGCACCGACGCGCGCCGGGGAGUGCUGCUGGUGGCCCCYUGGUUCAAGGUCCCUUAUCCCUUUCAGUGGGGUCUGCCAACCAUUUCUGCAGCAGGGGUUAUUGGGAUGCUGAGUGCUGUCGUUGCCAGCAUCAUCGAAUCCAUYGGAGAUUACUACGCCUGUGCCAGGUUGUCCUGUGCUCCUCCUCCACCUAUUCAUGCAAUAAACAGGGGGAUUUUCAUCGAGGGUCUCUCCUGUGUUCUGGAUGGAGUGUUUGGGACAGGGAAUGGAUCCACCUCUUCCAGCCCCAACAUUGGUGUUCUGGGUAUCACAAAGGUGGGGAGUCGUAGGGUGAUCCAGUAUGGAGCAGCCUUCAUGCUGCUSCUGGGGAUGGUGGGCAAGUUCAGCGCUCUCUUCGCGUCGCUGCCCGACCCCGUGCUGGGGGCUCUCUUCUGCACCCUCUUUGGGAUGAUUACAGCCGUGGGUCUGUCAAACCUCCAGUUCAUUGAUCUCAAUUCUUCUCGUAAUCUCUUUGUGCUUGGAUUUUCUAUUUUCUUUGGACUGGUCCUCCCAAGCUAUCUCAAACAGAACCCCCUGGUCACAGGAAUAGCAGGUAUUGAUCAAGUGUUGAAUGUCCUGCUUACCACAGCCAUGUUCGUUGGGGGCUGCGUUGCCUUUAUCUUGGAUAACACCAUCCCAGGAAGCCCUGAAGAAAGGGGAAUACGGAAAUGGAAGAAAGGUGUUGGUAAAGGAAGCAAAUCCCUGGAUGGCAUGGAAACGUAUGAUUUGCCUUUUGGCAUGAACUUAAUUAAGAAAUACAGGUGUUUCAGCUUCCUGCCCAUCAGCCCCACCUUCAUGGGAUACACAUGGAAAGGCUUCAGGAAAAGCAGUAACUGCAGGAGUUCAGACGAAGACUCAGAAGCUACAGUAUAGCCUUAGCUGAAGUUAUAUUAUCUAGUUGUAGUAAAAGAUGUAUUUGCAGUUUCUUGCUGAUUAAGAAGCAUUAAAAUAUCUGUUUUGUAUAUCUGCAUUUAAAUUCUGGAACCAGAGCUGAGAUGGAUUUAAAAAAAAAAAAAAGAAAAAAAAAAGUUUUCCUGCUGUGGGUGGUGGGAGCCAGGUCUAGUGUCUCUGGGGCAAAUCCCAUUGAUUCUGGGAAGCUGUAGAUAGCUGUGCUCCUAGGUCUGUUUAAGUGGGUUUAGGUCCUAGCAGUGUGUAGGUGCUAUUGCAAACCUUUCAUUUUUUAUCGUGGUUUUACUGAGGCCCUCAGUGCUGGUGUUGGGCACAGUCAUCGCUGGCAGUGUCGGUUGUGCCAGGAAAGUGGAACCUUGGAAAAAGAGAGGAGGGGAGAAAAGAAAAAAGGAAAAAUACUUCCUUCUAAUCAUGUCAAAUCCCAUAGACACUUCUACUCACUGAUUUGCAAAUUCCAUAUUCACAGUGCCCUGGAAACCAGGUUCAUCUGUUCCUGGCAAAUGAUGAGAGUGUUGUUCUGACUUAUCAGUAAUUUCAGUGACACAUCCUAUGUUAAGACAGAAAGUUUCUGGAACAACUUUGCCCUWGAAAACAGUGACUGACUUCGCUGGCUCAGUGCUGCAGAAGCCAUUUAUUUCACAGCAUUUCUCAUUUUUAAAUGUUUGCUUUUCCUCCCUGGGAUUUCCCCACCUCAGCAGGGUGUCCAGGUACAGGAUUUCUUUACAGGUACACAUGAGGCUGGAGUGUUCCAGGGAUAGGAAACCUGAAUGUCCAGAGAGGGUCUGGUGGCAGUGUUUCAGUUCAGUGCCUUUAUCCAGCAAGAUGUUUCCUGGACAGAAAUACUAACUAGCAGAGCAAUUCCAAUCAAUUAACAGUUGGAUCCAUGCAGGGAAGGCCAAGUGGUCCAAAUGCUGCCGGCACUCCUGCCUUGGAUCUGAGCAGCAUUUUUUGCUGAUGCUGCACAAGCAGCUGACAUUGCAUUGCCUCUUCCUUCUUAUGGGGCUUCUCCAGAGGCUCAUUCCUGUUGGGAAUGGGGUUUGGGACAGCAGAGACACUACACCUGCCAACCUCACCCACUAGAUGGUUUCACGGGUAUUGGGUCCAAUUAGGGCACCACUCAGAUUUUUUUUUUCCCUGGAAUAGUCUCAGCUCUGAUGUUACAUGGGUGUUAAUACUCAUCAUGCAUUCAUAAUUAACAGUUUUAUUCCUGUUUAAUGUUCUUACUAUUGCAAGUUAGUUUUAGACUUCAUUGUGGCCCCCAAAGCAUUUUCAGCUGUGGAGAUCAUCAGGGAAAUGUUGUGUAAUGUAAUUUCAAGGCCAGUAAUGCUCUACGGUGCUUGCGUUUUGUAUUCCUGGAAAACCCUAACAGUAGAUCCUGUAAUCCCCUAAUAUAUUUAUCAAAGUUUGACUACUGGACAGGAGUGCAGGAACUCUGUUUCCUCUGAGUCUGCUUCCAGGGGAAUUUGUUCUGGGUUGCUGAAGCAUGGACGGGUUGGGGUGGGGGAGGGCAAGGACAGAGCUUAAUGGAUCAGUACUGAGUAGUGUAGAGUUGGAAUGAUUCCGUGGGUAUCGUUCUCAGCAUGCCAUGGCUGUUUCCAGAAACUAUUUUAUCCCGCUUUUCCCGUGUCCAAGCAUGCAUUUGUUCCUGCUUCCUUGGGGAACUCUCAGUAGUUUGCAGUCUUGGUGUCAAUUGGACUUGACAGCUGGUCGGAAGAGUUGUUGUCUAGUAGACGAGGUUUGGUUGCCUGUGAAACAAGGUCUUUUUUGUUCAUUUUUGAAAGUUUCCUCUCCAGGUAGUGAGGUGUUGGAUUCCCACGCCCACCUGCACAUGGUUUGGAUGCRGGGACCUCUGAUCAGGGGCACAAAGCUUCCAAAUUUCCCAGCUUUAUGUGCAGCCAAAGAUGUGUGGGAGAUGUGGAGGAGUUAAAAAUAUCUCUUUAAAAAGAAAACAGAAGCCACUCUGGUGGCUCUUCAACCCAGGUGGUUGUAGUGAUGUCAAAUGCCAAAGUUGGUUAUGCUGUAGAAGUUGAGAAAGGGAGAAAAAAGCUUUUCAUUUCCAGCUUAUUAUUUCUGGUGCUGCUGGCACAUGGCACGGCCGGAGCCCCAAAGCAUUCCUGGCUUUCCCAACUCCUCCCCCAAGCAGAGUUUGGAUAACUCCAGAGAGACAACGAGAUGAGAGCAGAGUUCCUCUCUCACCCUGACUGAGGUAAAGCCGGGUGUGCUCUGCAUGGCCUCACCAGAGAUUCCCAAGAUGCUUCAAAUCACAGGGCAGUGAAUCCAAAGAUAUUUCURCUCCUCCCUGGAGUAGGACAGCCCUCCAUUCCUGCUGCACUGAAUGACUCUCUGAGUAGGUGCAGUCCAAUUAUCUGUGUUAACUGGUGGAUUUAGUUCUUUUUGUGACUUGUGCCCAUUCCCCCUGGCUGAGAGCAGAGCAGCCCUGCUCAGACAGCCCCUGGCCUUGGGAACACUAAGAAGUAGCUGGAAUUAGAGUCAGUUUGUCUCCCAGCUUGUCAGUGUGACAACUGUCCACCUUUUCCCAAGGAUGAAUGGUCGAAGGUGAGCUUGGGAAGGACAGAUGAGCAGGGAAGGGCUGGGAUGGAGGCAGUGGCAGCACCUUGAGCACACCUGGGCAAGGACAGAGCUGGUCACAGGGCCCUCAGGAAGAGAAGCUUCUCUAUCCCUUCCCGGGGCUCCUGGAGCGCUCCCAGCACUGCCAGUGGAAGGAGAUGCAGUGGUUUUCUYUGUGAGGGAAAUGGCUGAGUUCACCUCAGGUUUAUGCAGCUGCAGCAGGGGAUAUUGGACCUUAAAUCCUCCUCCCACUGUCACUUUUCCAAGUGGCUGCUGUGAAAUUCCAGGAAGCUGGUGCCUGUCCUGAGCUGCUGGCAGGUGUGGUAAAGCAUUCACCUGYAGGUUUGGAAAGCAUUAAAGAUGURUCUGCUGGGGACCUCCAGGUGUAACCUGRCUGUCAAUGCAAUACUGUAUUUUUCUCUCUGUUUUUACCUGCCUUUGAAACUGCCAAACUCCAACCACCCAGGGAAGGCAACACCUGAGAGAUGAGUUAAGAGGCGAUGAGAMGUUUCAACCAAAUUUGAGAGGGAAGGGCAAAUAUUCAUGGUAGAAAUAUCAUUUUGUCAUAUAAAAGAUGGUAUCAAU